CCACCGUAGUUUAAAAGGAGGCCAUAGCAGCCAGCCACCAGUACUGGACCUGCUGCACAAGUGGGAUCUAGCUCGUCUGCUCAAACAUGACCUUUCACAGAGCGUAUUGUUAGCAUUGGGAAUGCUGAAAAAUGGCAUGAUUUCAUUGCAGAUAAAUGUAUGGCUUCAGAUCCCCCAAAAGAGAGAACGCUGUCCGUGAUGAGACUGUGCCUGAGUGUACUGUGCGGAACAACAGCUCUGUAAGAAAUGGCAACCUGAAAACAUCUAGAGAAAAACGGAAGGUCCGAGAACAGUGUGAAAACAUAAGGAGAAAUUCUUCCAGUAGCAGAAGAGUGAGCCAGCUGCAGAAUGGAGAAGUGGUUGAAGCAGUUACUCUGUUUGAAGUGGUUAGCAUGGGGAAGCGGGCCAUGCAGUCUGUGGUAGAUGAUUGGGUUGAAGCUUACAAACAAGACAGGAAUGUGGCACUUCUAGAUCUGAUCAACUUCUUCAUUCAGUGCUCAGGCUGCCAAGGUGUGGUAACAGCAGAGAUGUUUCAAAACUCACACAAACGAGAUGCAAACAAAAUUCCAUCAAACAGGAUGGAUGUCAUGCAAAAAAUGACAGAAACCUUUGAUGAGGAAACUGGAUUACAGUACAAGAAAUUCAUUGCCUAUCCUUGGAUCCUAACAGUUACUUGGCCAGUGGAUGUGAGCAAUGAAGACUAUCCUGUGAUCAGAACAGGACCCUACUGGAAGAAGUUCAAGGCCAAUUUCUGUGAAUUCAUUGCAGUACUUGUUCAACAGUGCCAGUGCAGCAUCCUGUAUGACAGCUACUUGAUGGAUACUAUCAUCUCUCUGCUUACAGGCUUAGCAGACUCUGUGAUCAGAGCAUUUAGACACACGAGCACUUUGGCAGCAAUGAAACUUCUGACAGCAGUUAUAAGCGUGCAUCUGAACCUUGAUGUCAACAAGCACAAUGCUCAGCGAUUAUAUGAGGUGGAAAAGAACAGGAUAAGUGGCAAGAAGACCAAUUACAGACUUGACCAGCUAGAGAGAAAAAGGAAAGAGUAUGAUCAGAAGCUUGUGGAGAUACAGAACAUGAUGCAUGCUAUCUUCAAAGGAAUGUUCUUAAGUCGCUACCGUGAUGUGGUCCCUGAGAUACGAGCUACUUGCAUUGAAGAAAUUGGCAACUGGAUUAAAACAUACCCAGAUGUUUUUUUAAAUGAUAGCUACUUAAAAUACAUUGGAUGGAUGCUGUAUGAUAAGCAAGCUGAAGUGCGGUUGAAGUGUCUUUUGGGACUGCAAGGAAUUUACAGCAGAAAAGAACUUGUUUCCAAGAUGGAUCUCUUUACUAGCAGAUUCAAGGAUCGAAUUGUGUCCAUGCCUCUGGACAAGGACCAUGAAGUAGCAGUUCAAGCCAUGAAACUCUUGAUGCUUAUGUCACAGAACUGCGAGGAUGUGUUAUCAGCUGAAGACUGUGAAACCUUAUACCAGUUUGUUUAUACUACACACCGUCCACUUGCAGUAGCAGCUGGGGAAUUCCUUUAUAAAAGGCUGCUUAGUCAUGAGGGAGGUGAAGAAGUUUUGUGCAAAGGAGAAAAGAAGGUUGGAGCAAGGACUGACCAGCUGAAAAGAUUAAUACGUUUUUUCCUGGAGAGUGAGCUACACAAACAUGUUGCAUACCUCGUAGACAGCUUGUGGGACUGGGCAGGCAAAUUCCUCAAGGACUGGGAAUGCAUGACCACUCUUCUGUUAAAAGAUGGUGAAGGAGAUGGAAAAGUGCUGAAUGAUGCUCAGGAAAGUGUUCUCAUUGAAAUUAUCCUCGCAACGGUCAGAGAAGCAGCUGAAGGUCAUCCUCCAGUGGGCAGAGGUGCAGCCAAAAAAAUUCUGACAGUAAAAGACAAGAAAAUACAAUCAGAAGAUUGUACCAAAAUUACUGAACAUUUUAUUAUGGUGCUUCCUCAGCUCUUGGCAAAGUAUUCAACAGAUGCACAAAAAGUGGCAAAUCUUCUGCAGAUUCCGCAGUAUUACGAUCUAGAUGUUUACAGUACAGAACAUCUAGAGAAGCAUUUGGAUGCUUUGCUGAGCGAGGUAAAAGGCAUUGUGGCCAAACACUCUGACUUGUCUGUCCUUGAGGCUUCCUCCAGGACUUACUAUAUCCUCUGCAGUGAAAAAAUUGCCAUCUACAGCAAGGUGGAUUGUGCCCGAACUCAGCUGAUAGAUGAGUUGAUGGGACAGCUUAACCAGCUACUAGAUGGCUUCUGGCAGAAGGAAGAAGGAUUUUGUACGGAUGCAGGAGAAAUUUCCCGGAUGCACUCUGCUUUGAGAAGAAUAGCAGCUUUUCAUAAUGCCCAUGAUCUCACCAAGUGGAAUUUGUACGACAAGACUUUAAAGUUACUGCAGUUUGAAAUGGAACAUGGGAGUUUGUCUGUUCUGGUGAUCCUGCCAGCUCUCCAGUGCACAUAUUUUUCUCUCCUGUGGCAACUAGCUGCAGAAAAUUCUGCCAAGAAGACUCUUCUGGCAUUAAGAAGAGAGCUGAGACGUUUCAGUGAGAUUUGCAUGUGCUUCCUUCACCAUAAGGAAAAAGAUGUAAGAGAAAAGGCCUUCAUGAUUCUCUGUGACUGGCUGCUGAUUUUGAGCCAUCAAGAUUCAAAUAAUAAUGAAGAAGCAGGAGGAUUUCUAGAUUACCUUCCCAGCACUUCGCUUCAGGAAAAACUGCUUUUCUUUAUCCAGGAACAUGUUUUUGUGGAGGAAGAAGAGGGAAGCAAAGGCCUGACAGAAGAGGAGGAGAGAAAGGACGAAAGCUGCAAAGUUGACAACUUGCACAAAAAGCGGAGUCUUCUUGCGGCAUAUUGCAAGCUAAUAGUGUAUAAUGUGGUGGAGAUGACUGCAGCUGCUGAGAUCUAUAAGCAUUAUGUGAAGACCUACAAUGAUUUUGGAGACAUAAUUAAAGAAACCUUAAGCAGGACAAGGCAUAGUAACAAAAUUCAGAGUGCCAAGACACUGAUUCUCUGUCUGCAGCAGGUAAGUUUAUGAUUAAAGCAAGAGGGUAGGGGGGUG